AUGUAUAACGACUGGAUCGAUUUUUCACAACCUUCACUGUAUUUUGCACUUGCACACAUAUUAUUCAACCCUAUCUUUUGGAAUACGGUUGCAAGAGCUGAAUACAAUAGUAAAAUAUUAACAAAGUUAGCGGGGGGUAACGCAUACAGAGGCUGUUAUGGAUUAGCAGUAACCAUCUUUACAUUGGGUAUUACCCGUGAUUAUCUAUAUCACCAAGCACUCUCCUUUCAACCUACUCAUUCAUUCUUUGACAAUCAAAUUGUACAACUGAGUGCUAUUUUAUUAUUCUUAACUGGAAACACACUUGUACUUUCAUCUAUGUGGGCAUUGGGUGUCACUGGUACUUAUUUAGGUGAUUAUUUUGGUAUCUUGAUGAAGGAACGUGUCACUGGCUUCCCUUUCAACAUUUGUGAUAACCCCAUGUACAUUGGCUCAACCUGCACUUUCUUGGCUACUGCUUUAUGGUACAAGAGUCCUGCUGGCAUCCUUUUGACAGCCAUUGUUUAUAUUGUGUAUAAAAUUGCCUUGACAUUUGAAGAGCCUUUUACAGCUAUGAUAUACGCUAAUAAGGACAGCAAGAAGAACUAA